UCCUUCAGCAUCAUCUGUGUGGCCACCAUUGCCUGUAUAUACUACAGUCCACCUGUCCACUUUGUGUGUUUGGGGGUUGUCAGAGCGUCAGAUGAAGGCUUCGGUGCACCCGUUGCAGUAAUUCUACCGCUGUAGUUUUGGUAAAAUAAUGAAAUUGUGAAGCGUGAAAAAUGCAGAUUCUGACUCCUCAUGUUUACUGGGCGCAGCGGCACGGAGAGAUUUACCUCCGGGUUGAACUGAGCGAUGCCAAGAAUCUCAAUAUCAGCCUUCAGGAAAACAACACUCUUCAGUUCAGUGCACAGGGCCAUGGAGCAAAAGGAGAUAAUGAAUACGAGUUCAGACUUGAGUUCCUGGAACCCGUUAGACCUGAGAUUAACCAUAAAUCCACCCAGCGUCAGGUGGACAUCAAAAUCAGGAAGCAGGAAGAGCGCUGGUGGGAUCGGCUGACGCUGCAGGAGAAAAAGCCUCUGUUUCUAGCUCCAGACUUCGACCGCUGGCUGGACGAGUCAGAUGCCGAGAUGGAACUUCAGGCUAAGGAAGAGGAGAAGAUAAGCAAGAUCAGUGUGGAGUCGAGAGUUCGUGAAGAUCCUUUCCUCGGGCUGAAGAAAGGUUACUUGUUUAUGUACAACCUGGUGCAGUUCCUGGGAUUUUCCUGGAUCUUUGUCAACAUGACCGUGCGUCUCUUCAUUCUGGGUCAAGACUCGUUCUAUGAUACCUUCCACACCACAGCUGACAUGAUGUAUUUCUGUCAGAUGAUGGCCGUGCUCGAGGUCAUUAAUCCGUUGUUGGGUCUGGUUAAGACUGGAUUUUUUCCUGCCAUGAUACAGGUGGCCGGGAGGAAUGUCAUUUUGUUUGUCAUCUUCGGCAGCCUGGAGGACAUGCAGAACAAACCUGUAGUCUUCUUCGUGUUCUACCUGUGGAGCAUCAUUGAGAUCUUCAGGUACCCGUUCUACAUGCUGGCCUGCAUCAGCACAGAGUGGAAGCUGUUAACGUGGCUCAGAUACACCAUCUGGAUGCCUCUGUACCCACUGGGGGUUUUAGCUGAAGCGGUGGCAGUGAUCCAGUCCCUGCCCAUCUUCGAUGAGACGCGUCUGUUCAGCCUUCCUCUACCUGCGAUGCUUGGACACUAUUUAAGCUUCUCCUACACUCUGCAGCUCUACUUGGUCCUCAUGUUUCUGGGGCUCUUCAUCAACUUCCGACACCUGUACAAGCAGAGAAGGAGGCGAUACCGCUCCAGGAAAAGGAAAGCCCAGUAACUGAUCAACACACUUCCUUUGCACACUCCCCGAAGCAGCUGUUUUCCUCUUAUUGCCUUUAUCUUCAUAUUCUAACUGGGCGCCUUGCUCCAUCUUAGAAAUCUUCCUGUACCAGUUGAUCCUCACUGUUGAACAGAUGUUACAUGGAAACACGCUACAGGUUGAUACUUGACUGCUGUGAUUUCACUCUCUUAAAAGAAACUCAGUAUAUAUUAACAUUUCCUUGCUGGAUGUGUCUAUCUACAGCCACUGUUUUUGUUUGUGCACACGCUUUGUUCACUGACUUUCUUCUGGCAUUCACAGAAUUCAUUUUGUUUGUUAAUUUUCUUGUUUUGGAUGAAGAGAAAAUUGUUUUCUCACAUGGAUAAUAUUAAAUGAUUAAACCAGUAGUGUAACCCUGAAGCCACAUUAAAAUAAAAAGUAAUUUGGUUUAAUCUUUUGGGAGGACAAAAGUUAUUGUUUACAGGUGGCAAAGGAAAACUGUUUACAAGCAUUUCAUUGUACAGAGACACUUCAGUACAUCAGUCAUUUAUGUUUUAUUUAUGUAUUUCACAUUAUUUCUAAUUCAGAUUCCUGUUGGUUCAACAGUUACAGUUUUACCAUUAAAACAGCUUUGGUCAUUAUUACAAAUCACAAAUCAUACACCAUUUAGAUUCGAUAAUGGGGCAUGAAAAAACAAUCCUGGAUAGUCCUCUAAUUAAAUACUACGUCGCUGUUACUCUUUUGUCCAUCGCUACAUAAGCAGACCACGAUCAAUCCUCAACAUAGAGGCCCCAGACCAACUCUUCUUGACUCACUAUUAGUGGUAAAAAGUAUUUUUUUAAAAGAAGAGAGUUUGAAAAUGGUUCCUGCUCAAAUUAGAACUGUGGCAUAAACGCACAGAAAUACCUAAACUAAUAGUGAAAAAAAAAAUGUUCUGUGAUGUGAAACAAACUUAAAACAAAGGCAACUGGAACGUUUUUUUGAGUUUUCUGAGAGACUUCUAGAGAUUCCAGUUGCCUUUUCCUUUGUUUAUGCUGGUUGACUGUGUGGAUAAUAUUAGCGGUGGUGACAUUUUUAACCGUAAUAAUCUAAAAUAACACUAUACUUCUAUUGUUCUGUAGUGCUGGACUAAAUGUCGUAUUCAGGAUCCUGCAUUACUGACUCUUUACUUGGAUCUGUCAUUCGGUGCUUUGAAUAUAAACACUCAUGUAAAUUACUGCGCCUGAGCUGUUAUUCCAGCAUAAUUCAUGCAGGGAUAAACAUUAGUUGCCUACAGCAGAAGAUUUGGCAAAAACGCAUGAAAAUGACGUUAAACUGAAUGAAAACUAACCCCAAAAUCCUGUAAUGUGACCUCUAACAACCACUUAAGGCUCAAAGAAUCAGUGCUUUACACAAGAAAUGUUCAAGUUGUUCUGUUUGACAUGGAGCCUCAAAUCUACUGGGUAUAAAACAGAAGUUUUUCAACAACUUCAUUGACAACAUUAAAUUCAUUCAGUAGAACAUGACCUAGACAGAAUGUGUCUUAUUAGCAUGUCUCUUUCUGUUUUGAUCCAAAUUGCUUAAUGUGGUAGAAACUUCAGUUUCUUUGUACCAUUUUAUCUUGGUCAUUAUUAUUUUAACACAUCAAAUUUAAGGUAUUGCUUCAAAAAAAAAAAAGUUUUCUUAAUUUCAAAGCUAAUUAUUUGUGUCUAAAUUCUUAAUUGGUUUCACUUCAGUAGCUCUAAAGUUAAUAUUUUUCCUGUUGCUUGGUGACAUGUCAUGACUGUAUUUGACUGGUGAGAAUUUUAAUUUGUAACUUGGCAUUUUAACUGUGAAUGUUCCAUUUUAAUCAUUUUUGAUUGGGGCACAGACUCCUGACCAAAGCGCUCAGCGACACUGUUUGACAACUGUGGCUAAACUUCACAGUUAUUCAGAAAUGAAGGAGGUCAUCAAGAUUCACAGGUCAGUCAGUUUUUUUGUUUUUUUUUUUAAUUUCUGUGAAUCAUCCGUCCUCUUCUUACCAGAACAAAACUGAAUGACAUGUUUUGUUGUCUUUUCACAUUAAUUUCUGUUCAUGUUGCUUUAAAUUGUUUGGUUGCGAGUGCUCACAUUCUGUCCUAUUUAUUCUGUUGAUUGAAUUUGUGAUUGUCCUAACACGGACCAAUUCCUAAGUUUGCCUUCCUUAAAAAGAAAUAAACACUCCUAUUUUGGAAAUGCCGUA